UUUGUCCUCGGCUCCCAAGAGCAGAGGCUCAGGCAGCGCCCGGUGUCUGGCCUCCCGCCCCAACGGGCCCCGCUCGCUCAGGAAGGGCUCUCGCGCGCCCGCCAGCUCCGAGCACCCGUCAUCCAAGGACCACGCAGCGCAGUCUUGGGGCUUCGACACUCCGCGAAGGCUUCAGAAAGAGGCCCGCACCAGCGAGGAAGGAAACGCAGUUAAGCCAGACGCUUCCGUGAGGACAGCGCUCACCGGCCCGGCGGCGUGAAAGAAAAGGGCCAGCAAGGAAGGGGUUAAGGCCGGACUUCUGGGGCCGCGGGCGGCCGCCUAUAAAGCCUGCGGCCGCCAGGGGCUGCCUCCCUGAGGACGGCUGGGGCUCGGCAGCCCUGCGGCCAGGCCUCCUGCGCCCCACAGCCUUCCUCCGAGCUCCCAACGCCCCACCGCGGGCCAGUCUCAGCCGCGAGCACAUCCCGGGGCUGGCGGAGCUGCCCUCUGCGGGACACGGUGCAGGUGCCCCCCGGGCGCGGAGGCCGAGCCCCGCGCGCCCAGGGGCGGCUCCCACCUCCCCGGUGCCCGGCUCACGUCGGAGGGCCCCCGCCUUCGCGUCCCGAGAUGGAGUCCCUGCCAGAGUCGGGCCUCUGUGAGCCUCGCGGCCGGUCCUGAGAGCCUGGCCGUGAGCCGGGCCCCGGCCUCGGCAUGGAGACGCAGCCGGGCGCCUUCAACGGCACGCCCGCCGCCGCCGCCGCCGGCCUGGGCCUCGACCUGCCCGGCGCGCUGGCCAACCGCUCGGCCGCACUCUCGGAGCACCAGCAGUACGUCAUCGGCCUCUUCCUGUCCUGCGUCUACACGGCCGUCCUCUUCCCCAUCGGCUUCGUGGGCAACCUCCUGAUCCUGGUGGUGAACAUCCGCUUCCGCGAGAAGAUGACGGUGCCCGACCUGUACUUCAUCAACCUGGCGGCGGCCGACCUGGUGCUGGUGGCGGACUCGCUCAUCGAGGUGUUCAACCUGGACGAGCAGUACUACGACAUGGCCGCGCUCUGCACCUUCAUGGCGCUCUUCCUGCAGGUCAACAUGUACAGCAGCGUCUUCUUCCUCACCUGGAUGAGCUUCGACCGCUACCUGGCGCUGGCCCAGGCCCUGCGCUGCGGCCCGCUCCGCACCAAGCCGCGCGCCCGGCUGAGCUGCGGCCUCAUCUGGAUGGCCUCCGUGUCCGCCACGCUGGUGCCCUUCACCGCCGUGCACCUGCAGCACGGCGAGGAGGCCUGCUUCUGCUUCGCCGACGUCCGGGAGGUGCAGUGGCUGGAGGUCACGCUGGGCUUCGUGGUCCCCUUCGCCAUCAUCGGCCUCUGCUACUCGCUCAUCGUGCGCGUGCUCGUGACGGCGCACAAGCACCGCGGCCUGCGCCCGCGGAGGCACAAGGCGCUGCGCAUGAUCCUGGCCGUGGUCCUGGUCUUCUUCGUCUGCUGGCUGCCCGAGAACGUCUUCCUCAGCGUGCACCUGCUGCAGCGCGCGCCGCCCGGGGCCGGCCCCUGCCAGCAGUCCCUCCGCCACGCCCACCCCCUGGCCGGCCACGUGGUCAACCUGGCGGCCUUCUCCAACAGCUGCCUGAACCCGCUGGUCUACAGCUUCCUCGGGGAGACCUUCCGCGACAAGCUGCGGCUGUACCUGCAGCAGACGGCCAGCGUGUCGGCCCUGAGCCGCUUCGGCCACGCGGCCCUGAAGGCGGUCGUCCCCGACAGCACCGAAGCGUCCGACGGGAAGGUGGGCAGCGCCGUGUAGGGAGGCCGGACGCCCCGGGCGCCAGCCGACCGGGCGCUGUGCUGCUCGCACACGCGCGCAGCGCGGUCCCUGCACCGGGGACCCGGGUCCCAACCGGAUCUGGCAGGAGACGCUGGCCGGGCGAAGCAAAGAGGAGGGGCGGCGCUGGGACAACGCACCUGAGCUUCAAGGCCGAUGUGCCAGCGAUCUGCCAGGCUAGGGACGUGAGCCUGCAGACAGCCGGCCCAGCCACGGGACCGGGCGCUGGGGUCGGGGCUGCGGGUCUGUGCGCGUGGCAGACGUGCCACGGGCCGAGGAGGACUCGGACCGCCUCCCCCCCGCCGCGGGGGGGACACCUGGGCUUCUGGGCUCUGCGCCUACUUAAGGGGGAGGCCCGGGGAAAACACCGGGGCGCGGGCGUGAGGGGUCUGCCUACGGCGCAGACCCAUGGGGGGAGCCAUGACAAUGCCACAGGUUGUUCUCCUCACGACUCAGAAAGCUGACGCGUCUGGAAUGUUCACCCCUUGUCAAUAAACACAGCCCUGUGCA